CCUACUGGGAAAUGGUAAGAGUGCUGGAUUAACCCUCUAACAUCAUUGUAAUUUCAACGGCUUUUUGCAUUCCAGCUUAAUUCCACCUUUCACAGGUUGGGACGAGUCUCCAUCAAUACAAAAUGACAGCCCAAUGAUGUGCAUCGCCCCAGGGCAGCCUAUAGUUUAAUGGGGUAAAUGGUCCAUCAAAGUUGUGAAGGAUGGAGAUGAGAUAUGUCUAUUGAAAUGAAAGGGUUAAAUGUCUUGAAGGCACCUGCAAGUGUUUGGAUGGUGUCAUAUUUGCCAGGGCCCCCCACCUCCUGAGGCUCUACAGACCCUUACUGCACAAAGAGAAAAGAGUAAGAAAAGAGAAAAAAGUGCUGUGCUAGCAAUAAGUACCCAAUGCAUGCUUGCAGAAAGACAACUUCACACGAAUCUUUCAAACAUUUACACACCCCCUUAUUCAACCUCACCAGCUGAUGUCAAAGGUUUGGCCUUGGGGAAGUUACACUGCUAACAAUAGUAAUCUAAUAAGGCUGUGUGUUCUGAUGCAUGUCCGGGCCAGAAAGAAAGUGGGAGAAACUGCAGACUGGACUCAAACUGGAGAGGAAAGCAGGCGGACCAAGAGAUUGACUACAUCCCCAAAACCAGAAAGACACACUUUGCCUCCACCUGCGCAAACAAAAUCAGCUCUGUGACUGAGAUGAGCAGGUUAAACCUAACCAUGGAGUGGCUCAUGGUUGCAUUUGUGGCCCUACUUUCGGCCAGCCAAGUCCACUCUGAUGAAGUUCCCUACGAGCACAUGAUCUCUCAGCUCCAUGCAUGUCCUAAAGAGUGCCACUGCCCUCCAAGCUUCCCAAACGCUGUUUACUGUGACAACAGGGGUCUAAAACGCAUACCUGUCAUCCCUCCCUAUACCUGGUACUUGUACCUCCAGAACAAUCUCAUUGAUGUACUCUCAGCUGAUGCUCUGCGCAAUGCCACACAGCUUAGGUGGAUCAACCUCAACCGCAACAAAAUCACAAGCGAAGGCUUGGAGGCUGACGCUCUGAAGGCUAUGUCUAACCUUGUACACUUCUACAUGGAAGACAACUUGCUGACUUCCAUUCCAUCUCCUCUGCCUGCCAAAUUAGAGCAGUUACGGCUGUCCCGAAACAGAAUCUCAAAGAUCCCAGCCGGUGUCUUCUCUGGAAUGGACCAUCUCACCUUGCUGGAUCUGCAAGGUAACAAGCUACAGGAUGAUGCAGUAACUGAGGUCAGUCUGAAAGGCCUCAACAGCCUGAUCCAGAUCAAUUUAGCAAAGAAUCAGCUAAACAGCAUGCCCCUCGGCCUACCACCCACAACCACACAGAUCUUUUUGGAUGGCAACAACAUUGAGAAGAUUCCGGCUGAGUACUUCAAGGGUCUUCCGAAAGUGAUGUCUCUCAGGCUCAACCGCAAUAAGCUGGCUAAUGGAGGUAUCCCAAAAAACGUGUUUAACCUUUCCAGCAUCCUUGAUCUACAGCUUUCUCACAACCAGCUCACAGAGGUGCCCGUUAUCUCUUCUGGCCUUGAGCACCUGCAUCUGGAUCACAAUAAGAUCAAGAGUGUGAAUAGCUCUGACAUCUGUCCACCUGGUGCACUUGACGAUUACCUUGAUGAGAAUGGUCCGCGUCUUCGUUACCUUCGCCUUGAUGGUAAUGAGAUCAAACCCCCCAUUCCACGAGAGCUGAUGAUGUGUUUCCGUCUCCUCAGGGCUAUUGUCAUAUGAAGUUGCCACUCCAUCUAGAUACUCCUGUCCAUUUCAUCCACCAGAACUGAAAAUGCAUGUAUACUAAAACACUUGAAAAGGGUCCAAUAAAGGACUAUCUUUUUGGAAAGUCAGAAAAUUGAAAACUAUACACUGCUGAAAAGACCAGCCAAGACUGGAAUGAAUUUCCAUGCUGGUCCAGAUUGACUUAUGCUGGUUUGUACUGAACUAGAGUUGGUCUGUCUAGUAGGCCAGUGAAACUAAGCUGAUAAAGCUGUUUAACUAACAUCUUUCUGGUGGAACUUUGCCAAGAAAGCACAUCUAGUUAAGAAGCUGAAUGGGGAUACCAGUAUCCAAAAUAUGACAUAUUUUGGCUUCCUGUCCUGGUCUUUUCAGCAGGGUUGAGAUCCAUAAGACUGGUUCAUAUAUGCAUUUGUAGAUGGUUUCUCAUGGCUGUAUUGUAAAACCACUGUGCCUUCCUUAAUUUCAUACAUAUGGGAAACUAGCAGUCCUGCGGAAACACCAUUAUCUGUUAAAAGUUCUCUAUCAUGAAGAAAGCUCCAAAAUAUAAUUGUCCUCAUUUGCAAGUAAUGUCAUUUCCCCAUCCUGUGCAGAAGUUACAAUCUUAGUAUGUGUAGCAUUACCCAAAAACUGUUUUACCUCACCACACAAUUCUGGGGUGUUUUUGGACAGAAGAGUUGUGGUCUGAUUUUGGAGCCAAAUUUUCUGGUAGUGAACUUAGUAUAUAGCAAUGGUUUAUUGGAGUUUAUUCAAUGCAUGGUAUUUCUCAGUAACAGCACCAACAGAAGUUUGAAAUUUGAGAGACUUUAGAAAUCACAAUUGUUUAUUUCUUCUGUUGUAGCGAAUGGCAUGUACUGACAUGUAUUAUUAUUUUUUUUAAAGCAAGUUUACUUCUACUUUUUUAAUAUUUCUUUACAUCUUUGUACAAUCAAUAUUCAAUCAAUAUUUAGUGUUAAAUAUUAAUUUUAUAGAUUAAGUACUUCAGCUUUAUCCACUGUCAUUAAUUGUACUGUGACAUACUGAUAAAUAAUAUAUAAGUACAGUUUAAAUUUAGCAGUUGACAAUGGUACUACAAGAGAACCUUCUAGAAUCAUUUUAAGAUUUAUUUUCCUCUAGGGUAUAAAAUAAUGUGAAUAUUCUUUUUCAACGCACAAAUGUGAUAAUUAUUUUUCAUGUUUUCAUUUAUCACUGCAACAUUCUUUGCAGAAAAAUGACAGAAAUUAAUGUCACUAACUGUGAGAACCAUUAAGAUUGUCAAAAAGGAUAAUAUGAGACAACUUUUGUUUGAUGUCCUGAUUAAACUGGUUUCAA